GCUUUUGCUUGCCAGUCAUCCAUACGCGCGUCUGGGACGUUCCACAAGUUGCAAUUUCAACGAGACGUUUUUCUUAUUGUUUUUCUCCCCCAUGGCGAAAACGGAAGGAAGCAACGAUUCUAGCGAUAGUGACGAAGCUAGUCAGACUGCGGGAGAACCGAAUUCCGUGACCGUUAUCCGGUUGAAAAAGGGGCAAGAUGAUAAGCCACCGGCGUCCUGGUGGCAAAAGAAGAAAGAGCGCAUUUUUCGAAAGAAAACGCUGUACAUGCGCGUACCAAUCCUGAAAUGGCUGCCAAAAUAUUCCCUGCAGGAUUUCGUGGCCGAUCUAGUGGCCGGCAUCACUGUCGGUGUCACAGUGAUUCCCAAAGCACUAGCUUACGCAACCGUGGCCGGACUUCCUCCUCAGUAUGGUCUGUACGGGUCAUACAUGGGCUGCUUUGUUUAUCUUCUAUUGGGAAGCACGCCCGUCGUCACUAUCGGCCCGACGGCUCUCAUGUCUCUCGUCACAUACGAUUCCGGGGCGGCGCUAAUGGGUCCCGAAGCGGCCAUUCUCUUAGCUUUCAUAACCGGAUGCAUCGUUCUUCUCUUUGGGCUUCUCAAUUUCGGGUUCUUGAUUGACUUUAUCGCGGCUCCAGUCGUGGCUGGGUUCACUAGCGCCGCCGCUUUUACCAUAGCCACAACUCAGAUCGAAGCUCUACUCGGGUUGAAAUUUGACGACGAAGGUUUCCUCAAUACGUGGAUCGCGGUGUUUGAACACAUCGGUGAGACCAAAAAAUGGGACGCCGUUUUGGGUUUCUCUUCCAUCGCCAUUUUACUUCUCCUCCGGAUUCUCGAUCAAGUCAAAUUGGGUAAAGAAGGAGAGAGGAAUCGAUGGCAAAAUUGGUUCAACACGGGAUGCUGGCUGAUUUCGGUUUCCCGCAACGCCAUCGUCAUCGUCGUUGCGUCGAUUAUUGCUUACGUUCUUACAGAGCCGGGACGAAGUGAUUAUCCUUUUACGCUCACUGGUGACAUUCCUAGCGGAUUUCCUCCUUUCAAACUUCCCGCGUUCUCCUUCCAGAAUGGCGAUAAGACAUACCCGUUCACGGAGAUAUGCAGAAAUCUAGGUUCAUCUCUUUACAUCGCUCCUUUGGUUGCCGUUCUCGAAUCUAUCGCCAUCGCCAAAUCUUUAGCCAAAGGGAAAAGAAUUGAUGCCAGUCAAGAGAUGAUGGCCAUUGGGACGACUAACAUCUUGGGCUCGUUUGCGUCAUCUUAUCCGAUCACUGGCUCUUUCUCUAGCACAGCUGUCAACGCCGCCAGUGGCGUACGGACACCUUUCAAUGGAAUUUAUACCGCCGUUUUGGUGCUUUUGGCCAUUUCGGUCUUGACGCCGUACUUCUUCUUCAUUCCGAAAAGCUGCUUGGCGGCUGUCAUCAUCUGCGCCGUGAUUUUCAUGGUGGAAAUCAGCUUAAUGAAAAUGGUCUGGAAGUCAAAGAAAAUCGAUUUGGUUCCGUUUGGAGUCACAUUCGUCUUUUGCGUCUUCGUUGGACUUUCCCAGGGUAUUUUGAUUGGCACGGCUGUCAAUCUGGGCAUGCUGUUGUACAGCACGGCUCGACCACGGAUUAGAAUUCACAAAAUCAAGAAUCCAACGACCGAAUAUCUGCUCAUAGCCCCGGAUCGCAGCUUGGUGUUUACAGCUAUGGAAUAUUUCAUGUCGAGUGUUCGCAAGGCCUCGGCGCUUUAUCCCGGCAUAAUCGUCAUCAUCGACAUGAGCCACGUCUCGGCGGCGGAUUUCACUACCGCUUACGGAUUCGACAACAUGAUCAAGAGCCUGCAGAAACACGGCCACAAACUCGUCUUGACUAGGACCAAACCAGAAAUUUUGCCCAUUUUGUCUGGCAUAGGCUGCGACCUGCACGUCCACAGCGACGGAAUGGAUCUAGACUUAUUACUCAAAGAGAUUACCUUGACAACUUCAAUAAUAACGCCUAAAGUGUCAUCAUCUUCAUCGUCUUCCAGUAUUAGCAGCAAUUCGGAGGAUUGUGUUGAAGUUGAAGUAACGUCGCCCACCUCCUCGGAUUGA